AUGGGCCACAUAGAAGAAGUGUGUAAAGGUAAUUUAGGAAAUCUUGUAGAGGAACCAAUUUGUGAAGAUAUUGACGGACAACAAAGUGCAAGACUUGAUGAAUUUGAAGCAUUUACAGAUGAUUAUUCAACUUAUGUUGACUUUGAUGCUGAGUACAGUGUACCAAAUGGUGAAGACAAUCAAGUAGAAAUGGAAAUUCUAGAGGGCAUGAUAAGUGAUGAUAGUGGAGAUGCUUUCUAUAGUCAGAAUGAAGAUGGGAAUGACAUAGUUGAUGAAGAGUUGGAAGUUAUUCAAAGUGAUGAUUAUCAGUAUGCAGGAUUUUAUGAAGAUGAAAGGACAAAAAUGCUUAAGGAGUUGAGUAAGUCAACUCCAUGA